AUGAACUCGCAGCAGUAUCCGCAACAGUACCCGCAGCAAAUGUACUCAGGAGGCCUCCGCCGAACGCCCACCUCCUCUACCUCUUCCACGACCGGAACGCCCGGCCGCACAAACAGUGGGGCACUCCGACGAUCCUCCUCCACACGCUCUGGUAAUUCGCCCUCCAGCUAUGUGGCCCUUAUGCGCAAACAGAAGGCCACCGUAUGGUGCGACCGAUCUCAGUACGAUGAUCCGCGCGUAGUUGCACAGCAACGCCAGGCAAAGAUGCGCGCCGUCAUGGAAGUCGCUGGUGGAGGCCAUCACGCGCCCCACCGGAACUCUUCGGGCAGCUCAGGCGUCGCCGCAGGAGUUCGGUCCAAGGUCCGUCACCACGGUGUACCAAAAGCCUCGUUAUACGCACCCAUCGCCACGACCGGCUCUGGUGUCCCCAUGCGCCUGAGUGCCUCUGAAGUCGACGAGGGUGACAGCGAGGACAACAACUCUGUAGGACAAAGCGCAGGGCCCUACCAUCACCGCACCGGCUCUGGUCGCAGCUCUCUGGGUUCCGGUCGCCGCGUCGCCUAUGCCAGCGGCCGCAUAUCGACCAAUUCGACCCCACCAAACGGGCAGAACUCAUCACCAGGCGAAAUGGCAGACCUCCCCGAGGAGGAGACGCCCGUACCUAUAUACGAUAAAGACGACUACUUCGAGCACACCAAGACUGGCUUGAGCGGAGGCAGUGGAAGUAGCGAAGAGAGAAACUUUGGCGGCGUCGGUGCGAUGCCACAAGGGCUGCCCAAGGUGGACCCUGAAAAGAACACCUCAGAUCUCCAUCGGAGAGGCAGUGUGGACGAGCGCACCACGACGAUGAGUGGUACGAGGCUUUUUAUUGCUAAUCCUGACCUGAGCGAUUAG